AAAAAAAAAAAAUAGAGAAUUAAAGAUCGCGUUGCAACGAUACGCACCGGCUAAGAGCGCAUUAAAUCGCUGCGUUAAAUCGAAUCGGGCAGCGAAACACUUUGUGCACCCAGAAACCACAAGUGAUUUUUCGUAUAUAACAAAUUGCCACACAACACACAACUAAUCAAUAUAGAAACGUCUCCCUGUUUGUCCAUCUCUCUCUCUCCGAGUGUGUGUGUGUGUGAGUGUGUGUGCGUGCGUAUGUGUACUUGCCAGUGAGUGUUUUUUUGGUCCAUUCUUUGGUGCACAUAAUCAAAUUAGAUUGGAAAUAAACUAGAGUGCAAUUAAACUAAAAACAACAAGAGCAGCAACAACAACAGCUUCAAGAUGACCAUGGCUGGGCAAACAAUCAACGACAGGCUGCUCGCAGCUCGUCACAGCCUUGCGGGCCAAGGAUUGGCCAAAUCUGUGUGCAAGGCCACAACUGAGGAAUGCAUUGGGCCGAAGAAGAAGCAUUUGGAUUAUUUGGUGCAUUGCACAAAUGAACCGAAUGUGUCGAUACCGCAUUUGGCCAAUUUACUUAUCGAACGUUCACAGAACGCCAAUUGGGUGGUCGUCUAUAAAUCGCUGAUAACAACCCAUCAUUUGAUGGCAUAUGGCAAUGAGCGUUUCAUGCAAUAUCUCGCAUCGAGCAAUUCUACAUUCAAUCUCAGCUCCUUUCUGGACAAAGGAACUGUGCAAGAUGGUGGCAUGGGCGUUCCAGGUGGGAGAAUGGGUUAUGAUAUGUCGCCAUUCAUAAGACGCUAUGCCAAGUAUUUGAAUGAGAAAUCGCUCUCUUAUCGCGCCAUGGCUUUCGAUUUUUGUAAAGUGAAGCGCGGAAAAGAAGAGGGCUCGUUGCGUAAUAUGAACGCGGAAAAACUGUUGAAGACGCUGCCAGUUUUGCAGGCACAAUUGGAUGGAUUGCUCGAGUUUGAUUGCCAGUCCAAUGAUUUAACUAACGGUGUCAUCAACAUGAGCUUCAUGCUGCUGUUUCGCGAUUUAAUUCGUUUGUUUGCGUGCUAUAACGAUGGCAUUAUCAAUUUGCUGGAGAAAUACUUUGAUAUGAAUAAGAAGCAUGCACGCGAUGCUUUGGACUUGUACAAGAAGUUUUUGGUGCGCAUGGAUCGCGUGGGUGAAUUCCUUAAGGUGGCCGAGAAUGUGGGAAUUGAUAAGGGUGACAUACCCGAUUUAACGAAGGCGCCCAGUUCUCUUUUGGAUGCUUUGGAGCAGCAUUUGGCUACGCUCGAGGGACGCAAGGUGUCCGCUGCCAAUACGCCCACACAAUCGGCGAGCUAUCAACGCACGAAUGUUAAAUCCGCUGUCUCUGCACUCUCUUCAACUAGCUCGGCAUUUGGCACUGCGGCUGCGUCCAGUAAAUUUGAUACCACCAAUGGCAUUGAUGAGCAGCUCAAGGCUCAAGUGCUCGCCGAGGAGGAAGCCGCCAUGAAUCAGUACAAAUCCAAGUUAUCGUCGCCCACCAGUAGCGGUGCUGCUGGCGCUAGCGCUGCACUAACAAAUCCAUUUCUAUCGUCACCACCAGCCUCGCAGGCUGGUCAGCCGAUAGUUGAUCUGUUUGGUGCCGCGUCGGCACAGCCCGCUGCUGCUGCAGCAGCUGCGCCCCAGGCGCUUGCCACAAAGGCAUCCGACGAUUUGCUGCAGUUGGGCAAUCCGUUUGCUGACAUGUUCGAGGCCAGUGGCGGCAAUGCUGCCGCUGCCGCCGGAGCAACAGGUGCUGCAUUAAAUGCCAAUAAUUUAUGGAUGCAUAAUAACGGUUUCAAUGGCUCAACAGUUUCCUCCGCUGCUGCUACAAAUGCAUUCGUUUCCGAUAGUAAUUUUACGUCCGUUUUUGGUAAUACGGAACCAGCAGGCUUCGAUGCUUUGGGUGAUGUUAUGAAACCGGCCACAGCCAACAGCCAAAACAGCAAUCAAAUGAAUGUUGUCGCCACAGGUGCCGCCUACCAGGGUUACAAUAGCAGCAGUCCAGGCCUGACAUUACAACAGCAACAACAACAACAACUACAAAACUCACAACACCUACAGCAACAACAAAUGCAGCUCCAACAGCAGCAACAACUACAACAGCAAUCAGCUGGCACUGGCAAGAUCAUAACUGGCGAUCUGGAUAGUUCACUAAUGUCACUAGUUGAUAAUUUAAAUAUAAAUAAAACUGCAAGUGCAAAACCCGUGCAAUGGAAUUCACCUAAAAAUACAGCGAAACCAGGUGCUAAUUGGACACCACAACCAAUGGCGGCUACAACUGGUGCUGGCUAUCGUCCAAUGGCACAUGGCAUGACAGUAAGUCCUGCGCCAAUCACAAUCAAUCAUCCGUAUAUACAUGCUAGUUAUCCUGUAAUGCCAAAUUAUAUGCAGGGGAUGCCGGUGAUGAGUCAGCAGCCGAAUAUGCUGGCACAGGCAGCCCCUUUGACUGGGGGGCAGCCGACGAUGAUGGGCACGCCGCAAAGUAAUGCGGGUGCAGCGACGGGAAUUAUGCAACCCACGCAGGCGACACAGAAUGGAGGCAACAAAAACGUUCCACUUGAUCCAUUUGGGGCGUUAUAAGGCGCCAUCAUCAAACAAACACAGAAACACAAGCACACACACACAUUAAGCGCUAUAACCUCAUAGACAAGGAACAUUACGAAUACACAUACACACACACAUAAUAUAAUAUAUAUAAAUAUAUAUUUGCAGAUAUUAUAAAAGAAAAAGAUUCAUGAAAACAAAACUAAAAAUUAAAAAUGUUUACACUAUGCUGCGUGCGAAAUGAAAUGCUAAGAAUUCUAUUAUAAUGUUGAGCAUUUUGGGCAAAUACAAAACGAAAAACAGAAAAACGAACAUAAAAAUGAAAUUGCUAUAUACAUAUACAUAUAUUUAUAUUAAUACUAUAAAAUAUAUAAUGAGUUUGACUAUUUAUAUGUAUACAAACAAUUUACAUAACUGUAUGCAAACAUUUCCAUACAUAGCAAAAAUGAAACAAAUGAAAUAUAAAAAAGUAGCCUAUGUGAAAUAUACCUACAUAUUGUAUGUAAGCAAAAUACCUGUAGUUGUGUCCUGCGCCAAUCACUAAACCUAAAAACACCUAAAGCUAGAUAAACGAUACUUUGCAUGGAAUCUGUUAAUUACUGAAAUUAUUGAACACCGUCUAAACUUAAAUAUGGAAAAGUAAAAAUUACUUCUUUAUAGACGCCAUAAAGCUAUAAACUAUAUUAUAAUUAUGCUUAAGUGAGAGCAAAUCUGAAUGAAAAUGUCUUAGCGCCUCUUAACAUUUUGCAAUAUUUUAAUCCGUCUUUAAAAACUAAUACUAUUAUUGUUAUCUGUAGUCUAUGCUUCUUAUUUUCUUGUGUGCUACCAUACGAUUUUGUUAAUUGUUAAAAUUUUUUUGUUGAUUUCAAGGAGUCGGCAGUAUGGAAAAUGGAAAAGUGAAAGGUUACUCGUAUUUGUAAAGCAUUCCAAGCUAGUUUCAAUUUGGUCCCAAAUUACUUUUGUAUAUGUUAAGUAUUAUUUAAAUUUUGAAAUGAGAUGCAUUAUUAUUAUUAUUAUUAUUAUUGUAAAAAAUGAUUAGAAAGCAACUAUAUAUACAAUAAAUGUACGUACGUAUGUAUAAUAACUGCUUGCGGCAUUAUUUAAAGCAAACAUUCAUCUAUAUCUGUAGUUCAUUUUAAAAAUGUGUAAAUAACAUGAAAAGCGGCAACAUGCUGAAUUAUGUUUAAAUAAAAGUCGCAUAUAAUACACAA